AAACAACUUGCUCCCUUUUACAAGCUCCAAUACUGCAAGUACGUAUAAUAUUGAUCACUAUGAAUGCAUCAACAAAUUACUUCAAGGUCUCAAGGCAUUAUCAGACUGUGUCAACUGGUUCCUCCAAGACUAUUAUGGAGAUUUAUAUAUGAAAUUGAGUGGGCUGUCAUGGGGUCCAUUUGUGCCGAAGCCCUUUGGAGUUUUCCCAAUGAUAGCUAUUAAUUUAAUACCACUAGUAACUAUCAUUGGGAUGAAUGGUCAUACAUCUUCAGCCAGGACAAAUCAUAGCAUUUGCCUCACGUUUAUUACUCCAUGGCAAUUUUUUAUUUAUAAAAAGGCUGGAAUUGAAAAAGGUAGUGGGCCAAUAGUUUCUGAGCAGGACCUUAAUAAUGCUCAAGGUUUAAACCAUCACGAGCAACUUUCCAAACCGAAAGCAAAACAAAUACAGAUUCCUUCCACUAUAUCUGAUCGGAGACAAGGAUAUAUAG